AUGCGUUUGAGUUUUUUGUUGGCUUUUUUGGUGUCGUUUGCAGCGGCAGACAUAGCUUUAAGCAAACCAGGUUCGGGCCAAACUUUUACCGCUAGCGGUGGUAAAGUUUCCAUUCCAGUGGAGUUUUCGGAUAAUGGGAAACAGCCGGUAAUGAAACUGUUCCAAUACUACAUUUUCUCGCUUUGUUACGGUGGUAAUGACGCUAAUUUCAAAUGUAUAAAGGGAAACAAGGUGGAACCCAACGAUCUCAGCAAGGAUGGAGAUCUGUAUUCUGCAACAGCUACUUUCGAUAGCACAGCGGCAGAAAACGGCCAGUAUUUCUUACAAAUCUACGGGUACAUCAGUGGUGAUGGUGACAACACUUUCCAAAGCAUACAGUAUUCAGGCCGUUUUAUUUUGAAAUCGAUGCAAGGUACCGUAGGAACAACACUCACAACGACAUCGCAGCCAGCAAAUCAGGUGGCAUACCAAACAGGCACAGACCACGCCACAGGUGACACUUCUGCGUCUUUUACCAUUCCCUACACACAGCAAACCGGAAGCACGCGGUACGCUCCCAUGCAGAUGCAGCCCUCUGGGUCUGUGACGGCCACGACGUGGACCAGAAGGUUUCCCACGAGCGCAGUCACAAUGUAUUCUACUUUUAAUCCAUCCAUGCAGCAGGCCAGUACCAUAACACCCGGUUGGUCUUACACAAUUACGAGUGCUGUGAACUGGGCUUCUCCAAAGCCAUAUCCAACACAAAACAAUGGCUGGUACGAUCCAAAAAAGAGACAGACAUUGACCACGCGGAAGUUGAAUCUCAAGCAGUGGGUAGGUUCGAAAUUUGCGACAGAGUCGCAAGGUUAG